AUGAAGGUCGCGGAAAUACUGUCGGAUCUCACGUCAUUACGCGUGUGUGAUCACCAUGCCGCUCUGGCUUUGGUAAACGCCCACCAGAUAUCACUUGACACAUCCCCACCCUCCCAAUCGAACCCGACCGCCACGGACGCGAUUACUGACCUUCAACGAGCAAAGGAACUGGUGGAGCUUCACUAUGAGGUCAAAGCACGGCAUGUCAACGGCCAGGUCGAUGCCGAUCUUCAAAAGGCGCGUGUCGAUGUCCAACAAGUCCUCAGGGAGCUUUCGUGA